UGAGUGUUGGCAUGAAGCGGGUGUCUCUGCUGGGAGAGGGUCAGUUGACGGGAGAGGAGUAGAGCAGCUGCUAUUCGAGCUGGUGCAUUCUUCCAUCGGGCCAGUCUAUCUCGCCAUCUCUCGAAAAGCUGACGUCGCUCCGAUUGCCGAAGAGAACCUUGUAGCAUGUCCAAGUCUGUGAACAACAACCGCAGCAGUUGCCUUGUGUGUGCCAUUGCUCACUAAUACGUCUACAAUUAUCUGCUUCGAAUGUGCAUUUGUGUUGUUCACCGCGUCUAUGAGAACUCGAGCGAUUACGACUGUUAUUACAACAACAACGAACUUGUACGACAGUUCGACUUCAUCCAGUUGGUUGUGUUAACCCCGAGGGAGGGCUGAUCGCUCGAUAUUGUGUCGCCUGUGCGUGUGUAUACAACAGUUUGUGUAUUCGCAACAAGAAAAGUCGGAGAAUAGAGCAACAACGAAAGGGAGGAAAAAAUCGAUAAUUUUUGAUAUAUUUUUAACAGCAGCGCGCUGUCGAUAUGCUUUAAAUGCAUAGACCGACAACAUCGUACAAGUAUCGACAUUGUGCGUGAGUUCCAACAACUGUGGCAACUCUCUGCGGUGAAUCGUCGACGAUCCCUACCGCUAGUCUGUCCGCCGAGACGCAAGCGAUGAGCCCUUGCGUCUCCUGUGGCCUGCCGUUCGAUAGUUCCCCUUGUGACGGUGGUGAAGAGUCGUCUUCGUCGAUGUGCGAAUGUUGCCACCGAUUGGGCCAGUGCAGUUGCAGUGAUAGUUCUUCCCGUUGUUACGUUUCGUGUGAACGCCCUCGUGCUUCGAUGGAUACUCGCACGGAUACCCGCAGUGCUCCAAACCUCACUAACGUUCCCUUUACAUCGACGACACCAUCUUCAUCACUAUCAACAUUACCGCCAUCAACAGCAACAACGUUAUUAACCCCACCAGCGCCAGCAUCCCGGGCAGGAACAACAAAAAUGACAGUGAUAAAAGAAACAACAAACUCGUUUGUGCCCAAUUCAAGCCAUUCACGAACCUCGAGGACUACGUCAUGCGCGUGUCAAGCAAGCGGAAGUUUGUGGCGGACACGCAGCCGACCGAUGUCGACCCUCCAGCUCGUUUCCUGGAUCGCGCUCAUCGCCCUGGUCUCCAGCGCAGAUGCUUGCUCAACACGAUCAACGCCAAAAGCCCGCUCCAGCUACAUCAGCCAGCUACAGGCGCAGCAGCAGGCGCAGCGACCCAUUCCGCGACUCGUUCCCCACGCGCCCCAGCAGCCCUCGUCCUACCGGGCACAGCCACCCGCUUCCUCCGUUCCCGUUCAGACACCCUUUGCUGCAGUUCCCGCACCUUCCGUACCGACGGUCAGCGACACGGACCUAACGACGCAACGACCCAAUGUCACAUUCCAAACGUACACCUGUCCAGAAGCGUACGCCAAGUGGUAUUGUCUCAACGGUGCGUCGUGCUUCUCACUCAAGAUUGGCGAGUCGAUCCUGUACAACUGCGAAUGUGCCAGUGGAUACGUCGGCCAACGCUGCGAGUUUAAAGAUCUCGAUGGUACUUAUCUUCCUCGUCGGGGCGUUCUUAUCGAGACGGCCACAGUAUCGAUCGCCGCUGGGGUGGUGAGCAUCAUGCUCGUCGCGACACUUUGUUGCGUGGUGCUCUAUCUGGUUAUCGUUCAACGGUGCUUCCAGGUCAAGAAAGGCCAAUACAUUUAUGAGAAUUGGAAUCCUGUCCUCAGGACAAAACAGGCGGUGCCAGUGGCCGUGCUAAGCGCGGAUGGUCUCGUUCGCACAGUAUAAAAGCCAACGGUCUUCAGUAGGAUCUUCAAAUUCACAAAAUGAACAAUUUUACAACGAGGACGACGAAGUGUCGUUGCUGUCGUACACAUUAAUACAUGAACACGAGAUUGCUUAACAACGAUAUUCUAAACAGGAAACACAAAACGCCAAAUACAUUAAGACGAAACGCCGCGCACAUUUACGCACAGAACAUCAACAAAUACACACGGAUUCAACCUAACCAUAAACAGAAAGUAUACACAGAGAAUACAGUUUGAAUUCAUCCAUAUUGUUGAGUCUCUGAAGAGCCCCGGCUCACCAUUGCUUGCUGUGAUACGCCGUCCCCGCCUAGUCAAGGAGGCUCCGAGGACUGCUUGACGUCGCGUUCAGAGACAAACUUUUGCGCUAAGCGCGAGGCGAGCUCUGCGCGACGUGGCAAUUCUUGCCCCCCGCAAGAGGUCAGGACGGCCCUAGUGCAAUUGUUGCUUGGACGAAAACUAACGAAGAAAAAUAUGAGGAGACGCGCGAGAGAGAGAAACUGCUAAAGAGCAUAAUACGAAGAGAGCACGCACCCGGUUUGCCAAAUACAAGGUCUCCUACGUUCACGCGGGAAAACCGACAUCAGCCGACGGACGUUCAAUUUAACGGACCGAACCCCAUUCGUCUAUCUACGACGCCACAACACCCUCUCAGCAUUUGCCAACAACUAACUGACGUUUCCAAUGAACGCAGAAUGCAUAAUAGGUCGGUGUGGUAGCAUGUUUACGCGCGGCGUGGCGACCCGGUCUCCCAACACGACGAUCCUCCCGUUCGCCUGGGAAGAAGACAGCACAAAAUCUUGAAUUCCUGGAAGAGAAUAAACAACGGCGGCCAUGGCGGCAGCGAGACGGUGACGAAAAAAGCGAGCUAAUUAGUUCGCUGUCUGGCUGCACGUGGCAUAUCAGUCAAUGUUCUAUUCUACAUCGUUGUACCACUGUUACAGCGGCAUCCGCGAUUGCCGUCGCCAUCGCCGUAGCGCCAGCCCUCGAUGUGGGUUCGUCGGCCAGAGCUAUCCAACGCUGUCAAACAGCAGUCGAGAGGCGGCCAACGAAUGAAAAAACACUUGUUGUACAUAUAUUUAACAUUGACUGACUCUCCGAGCGGCUGUUCGCUGAAUAAACGUCGCCAGAUCCGUAGCACUCGCAGUUGUAAUAGUCUUUGCUGUUGCUACUUGUCGCCGUACCGUGGCGUACGCUACAGUAUAUAUACGAAGACCUCUAGCUAGCUAUAUACACGUAUGAGCGUGUGACUGACUGCGUAGACUGUGUGUCGAUUAUAUGAACUACGAAAAAAAGUAGAGAAGACGACCGAAGAUACUAAAUGAACACGAUGCGAUUUUAUAGUUGUGCUUGUACGAAUGGCGACAGUGGCAGCAACAACAACAACGGCGGCGGCAGCAGCAGCAGCAGCAGCAGCGACAAAACGUGCUUCAAAGCAAAGCCGGAUCUUGCGACGUUCGGUGCGGAGGCCGACGAUAGACUCCCACAAAAUGGAAAAGUGGUCCAUCCAAUGUUGUACAUAUCCUGUAUAGAACGAACGAGGGAGCGAGCGGAGGAUAAGAUCGAAAGACCGCGACAGAUUGAGAACAAGACAAGGAGGAGACACAAGUCGAAUAGAAAGUUUGGUGUGAUUUGCUAGAUGGACAAACGGCACUUUUAGCAGCUUGUUGUGACAACAUUAACUGGCUGGCUGGCUGGCUGACUUAGUGCCUGGGUGGGGACCGUCAGCGCUACAUAUUAACUGGCACAGCGGCGCGUUUCGCCCCACCUUUGCACGUCCACAGUCAUUCGCACUUACAUUAUGUAUGUCUGUACAAAGGUUAGAAGACGAACAGGAAAAAAGCCAGUGGGAAGAACAGUCGCGUGAGGCAUAAAGGUGGCUUUGCGAUCGUCGAUGGAAGACGAUAACCGCAUCGCGACCCCCAAUUCUAAUUUCUUAAUUGAGUUCCUACAUCGUCAGCAAAAGCUAUUUUUCACAAUAUCGUAGCGGCGUUGUUGUUGUUGUCGUCGUCGUCGUCGUCGUCGUCGUCGUCGGUGGUUUUUGUUUUUUACUUUUGUUUGUUGCCAAAAGAAAAAAAGAAUAGUAAACAUAAAGGAAAUUGCCAAGUGUAGUUGCGACAGGAUCUAAGAAGUGCGGAAAAAGUAAGGAGGAUUCACUUUGCACAAAAACUAUACAACAGCAACGAUAGCGCGCUUCAUCGCAAUAAACAUGACCAUUUUGUCAAAUUAUUUUGAUCAGUGUCAACUACAUCCGAUUAUGCCAGUAUUCUGUUUGUUGAGCUGUUUGUUCCAACAUAAAUAAGAAUACAACUCUAUCCCCCCUCCCCGGUACCAGAUGAAUUUCGGUUAUGAUUUUCUUGUUGAUAACAAUAAUACUACCAUAUUACUACUAUUAUUAUUAUUAUUAUUAUUAUUAUUAUUAUUAGGAAAUAUUGUCAUCGACAAUAUACUUUAUUCUUUAGCUGCUGCUGCUGCUGCUGCUGCUGCUGCUGCUACUAAGAUGUGCGACCUGACGAUGCUACCUGAGCUCCUGCUAUGUCUUACACGUUGACAAAUAAGUAAUAAAGUUCUAUUUUAUUACUAGCGUAGUAGUGACGAAAAAGAGCAUUUAUUAAGAAAGAUUAAAUAGCUAGAGAGAGAGAGAGAGAGGGAGAGAAUGAGAGAGAGCGAGAGCGAGAGAGAGAGAGAGAGAGAG